AUGGAGAGGAGCGCGCUCGACCCUGCGGCGCGGACAUCGCGCGCGGAAGAGGAGCGACGGCAGCUGGUGGAUGAUGCGCGGCGCCGGGCUGCCGACAAGCAGCGGCUCAUGCGGCGCACCGUUCGACCCACCCCGACCCUCGGCACUCCCCCCUCCAUCCCCGCCCCCUCCACCGCUACCUCCCCUCUACCUUCUCCUACCUCUUCUUCUCUUUCGUCUUCUUUGCCUCCAUCACACACGCCAGCGGCCUACGCCCCGCCUCUUCCUCUUCCUCUUUCAUCCUCUUCUCCAUCUUCUUCUUCUUCAUCUUCGGUCGAGACAGUCGAGACGGCGCCCAGCACCGGGUCUGUCACGUCCCAAGGAGAAGAAAAUGGCGGCGACUUGGUGCCGGGCACGGGCGAGCGAGAUGGAGCGGAGCAACCAACACCGUGGCCCCCGAUCCCGGUGGCAUCCAGCACCCAGCCCGAGCCCUCGUUUGAGUACUGCACGGCGGCGGCCCACGAGCUGCUGCCGGCUGACCUCGGUGCCCUCCCUGUGCCGCCGACGCCGACGCAGCUGUUGCCCGAGUUGGUGGUAGAGCUCGACGAGGUCGGAGCCGAGCGCGUGGAGCAGACGGCCCGCGUCGCCGGCGAUGGCGCUGCGGUCGCGAUCGGCGUCGAUGCCGGCGAUGAUGACGCGCUGCGCUUCGCAGAGCAGCAGCAGCAGCAGCAGCAGCAAGAGGAGGGGGAAGCCGAAUUUGCUGUCGAGGUCGAAGUUGAGGACGAAGCUGUCAGCGGCGGGUCCGGCUGGGCCGUGCCGAUGGACGACCUGAGCCUGGCGGCCCUCCCGCCGCCUCCGCUCCCGCCUUCCUCCCCGGUCGCAGACGAUUCUGUGUCGUUGCCCUCUCUCCCCUCGCUCUCGUCUCCUUCCUCCCCAAAGCCCUCUUCAUCCGCGACUGCGCUCCCGCUCGCCUCCCUGGGCUCACCGCCCGGGCAGGCCAGCUCCCUCGCAUCACCGUCGCCGCUCUCCCUCCUUGAACGCGACGCGUCGCCGCCGCAGUCACCGCUGUCUCGCUCGACUUCGACCUCCCCGACGCCCCUCCUCCGACCCACAUCACCCUCAUCAUCAUCGCCGCCGGCGUCGUUCACGCCCGUGCGCUUCCCGGCCUCGCAGGCCGUCAGCAUACCGGGCAGCUCGUCUCCAUCGACUGCGCGCGGACAUCGAAUGUCGGCCUCCUCCGUAUCACCGUCGUUGCCGUCGCCGUCGUCGUUGUCGCCGGCGGACUCGCCUCGUGGCGGCUGGACCGCGUCGCCUGGGGCCUCGCCCACUUCCUCGCCCGUGUCUGGCAAGCGCUCGGCAGCGCUGGGCAGCUUCCGCAGCGCGUCGACCAGUCGGCUGCCCACGACGGGCGGUGAGGGCCAGCUCAAGCCGCUUCCGCCGCCGGAAGCGCGUUCGACCACCCUCACCACCGCUCAGCCGUCCAAGUCAUCGUCGCCGGCGCUGACUUCUUCCGUCUCGGCCUCUUCGUCGUCGUCGUUGGCCGGCCAGGCCGCCAUAGGCGCGCUCGGCUCCAGCGCCUCGCACGGCGCCACGCCCGAGACCAAGCGUCGGUGGGCGCGCGAGUCCGAGGCGGCCAACUCCCUGGAGCAGGUGGCCUCCCGCUACCGCGCCAUGGCCAGCGACAGUUUACGUUCUCAACUCUCGCUUCUGCCGGCGGUGAAUGAUCGUCGACACGACAGGGAGAAGAUGAACGAUAUGAAGCGGCAGCUCGACCAGCUCGAGGAGCGCUACAAAGACCAACAACCGCCGGCGCAAGAGGGCGGGCGCAAGUCGGUGCUGGGGAGCAUCAUCGCCUCGCGCAAGUUUGCGCCCGCGCCUAACAAGGAGGUGCGCCAGCAGGUGGCGGAGGCGCCGGUGACGCCGGAGAGCGUGCGGCGAGAGGGCGGAGGGUUGGUAGGACCGCAGGGAGCGCUCCUUCCGCGCGAGUCCGUGAAGCGCAUGCUCGCUCUCCUCCGCGCCCAUCGCACAAAGCUUGUACAAGGCAAAGAUCUGGUGACGUGGGAACUGUAUCUGGAGUACUACCUCAAAGGCGAGGGCCAGUCGAACCACGCUGCCCACGCCACCACCUCGUGGGCCGCUCAGUUUGGCAGCAGCAGCGACAGCCGACUUUCGACUUCGAUCAGCCCCAGCGCGCGGGCCUCGUUCAUCGCCAAGACCAAGAAACAGGCGGAGGAGAAGGAAAAGGCGCGCGAGAGGGCGCGCAACCGAGAGCGGAGGCAGGAGCAGAAGUUUCUGCAGCAGUGGAACGACCAGGCCUUCAAGCUCGCCCCGUCGACCAGCGCGGCCGAGGUGGCCCAGCACCUGGAACAGAUCUACAGCCUGCCCGCCAAACGGCUCAGCCUGAUGGCCAACGCGCUCCGUAACGAGGGCGUGUGGCAUGGGUUCAGCGCCAGCACUCCCUCGCUGGCCAACCUGCAGUUCACGUGCCAGACGCUGGUGCUCUCCCUCAACGAGCUCACCCAGGUCCCCGUGGAGGUGUGUCGGCUGGUCAACCUGCGCCACCUCUACGUCUCCUUCAACCGGCUCACCUCCCUGCCCACCGAGAUAGGCUGCCUCAAGCACCUCACCGUGCUGGAGGCCCGGGGCAACGACAUCGCCGCGGUGCCUUGGUCCCUGUACGAGCUCACCUCGCUGCGCAAGCUGGAUCUGUCGCAGAACCGGAUCUCGCGCCUUCACUCCUCCCUGGGCAAUCUCGCCCAGCUCAACUCCCUCAACCUGGCCUACAACCAGCUCGCCGCCUUGCCCUACGAGAUUGGCGCGCUGGACGACCUGAAGGAAUUGAACCUGCGCGAGAAUCAGCUGAGCUGGCUGCCCGAGUCGAUCGGCUUUCUGUUCAGCCUGGCCAAGCUGGACAUCGAGCAAAACAAGCCGUCGCCGCACAUGACUACCUACCUCCAGAUCCUGGCGGUGGCCGCUCCCCGCGCGGCGCCGGCCGAUCCCGCGUUCGUCUCCACCGCGCCGCCUGCGCCUCAGGCGCUGGUCAAGCACUUCUGGGAGAUGCUGGCCUCCCACUGGUCUCCUUCGAGAUCGAAGGUCUACGUUCUUGGCGAUGGUGCUAUCUCCCUCAAUUACGUAUGGAGUCGGAAAGACGUCCCUGAUUCAGAGCCUGCGCAGCGACUCGUUCAAGCGAGAAUCGAAACUGCUUGGAUCCAAGAGCGGCCGCAACCAGCGGAAGGGCAUCUGCAUUGA